ACUCAAAGCCCAAUUCUUUAUUCCUUCUGCAAUUUCUCUCUAUCCAACGAAGUAGAAACAUCCCGCAUGAUUUCUUCCCUUCUGCACUGGUCUCGUCUUCUACAAACAAUUCACCCUUCUUCCAUAUCCAGUUUCCAGAUACAUCUCAUUUUCUACGCUCCAUUUUCACUCCUCCAGCUUCUUCAAACCUUUAUCAAAUAUAUAUGCCCAAUCAGGAACUAGGAAUCGUUCCAAUCAUCCAGCUGUGAAGCACGAUUUUCAGAUCUAUGGACAGAAUUCCCGAAUCUGAAACGCCUCUCUGCACCGCAGAUCUUCUAUUGGCCUUUUAGUUUUUGAAAUUCGUGUAUGAAACGCCACUCUAUCGAGCUUGUUUUCGCGUUUCAGAUGAGUAUUUGGGUUUUGAAGAUCAGUGGUGAGAAGUGUUGUUGUUGAUGCUUGGAGGUUUUGUAUAGUUAUAUAUAGGCAAAGUCAUCUCUUUGUGUUGUAUUUAUAUGAAAUCAAGUAUCUGUUGACAAGGAAAUGAGCAGUAUCUGAGAACAGUAUACUUUGGAGAGCUUUGAAGCUUCAAAUUCAAAUUUCUAUGGGUGUGAUGAUUGAUAAGAAAACCCAAAGUUGACACAUGUUCUGAUAACGGGCAUGGUCUUGUAUUGUCUGCUCAUAGGAAGCUUGUGGGAGAGAAGCUUGCUGAAGAAUAAACAGAAAGUAAAGUGAAGGGUGAGGCAAAGACGAUUAAACACGUGUAGUACCAAGAAGAAACAUGCCUUCAUGGUGGUCAAAGUCAUCCAAGGAAACAAAGAAGAAAGCAAAUAGAGAAAGUUUCAUUGAUACACUACAGAGAAAAUUUAAGAGUACAUCAUCUGACAGUAAGUCUGCCAUUAAGCCCGGAGGAUCUCAGAGGCGCAGUGAUAACAUAGUUUCAAGAUCAACAUCACCUUCCAAAAAUGUACAAAGAUGUCAAAGCUUUGCUGAUAGGCCACUAGCACAACCACUUCCCCUUCCAGGUCUGCAUUCUGCAAGGGUAGUCCGAACAGAAUCUGGAAUCAUCAGCUCAUCGAGAACAAAGGCCAAGGUAGAGAAGGGAUCAAAGGCAUCCAUUUUCCGGCCUAUACCUAGACCUGGAUGCAUUAGAAGCAGAUUGGAUCCUGCAGAUGCAGAGGGGGAAUUGGCUGUUGCAUCGAUGUCAAGUGGAUGCUCCGUUGAGAGUGAUGAUAUGACCGACUCACGGCAGCCUAGUCCACUGGCCUCUGAUUAUGAAUUUGGGAGCAAAACUGCCACUGGUAGCCCAUCCAGUGUGCAUGUUAAAGAUCAAUCCCCUAUAGGGCAAAUAAGUUUAAGAGAGCAAGCAGGACCAGUUAAUCUUUCCACCGGCAGAAAUGUCCCAUCUUCAUCUCCUAAACGAAGACCUUUAAGCAGUCACGUGCCUAAUAUACAAGUUCCUUGCCAUAAUGCAGCUUUUUGGAGUGCUCCAGAUAGCUCAAUGUCCAGUCCUUCUAGAAGUCCCAUGAGAGUUAUUGGCGCCGAGCAAGCUCCUUAUUCUACAAUAUGGGCAGCAGGAAGGACAUAUCCCGAUCUUCAUUUGCUUGGUGGUUCCGCUUGCUGCUCAAGUCCUGGCUCAGGACAGAAUUCUGGCCAGAAUUCAAUGGGAGGAGAUAUGUCUGGACAGCUAUUUUGGCAGCCCAGUAGAGGAAGUCCGGAGUAUUCUCCAAACCCCAGUCCCAGAAUGAGAAGUCCUGGGCCUAGCUCCAGAGUUCAAAGCGGUGCUGUCACACCGAUUCAUCCAAGGGCUGGAGGUGGUUUGUCUGAAUCCCAAACUGGCCGGAAUGAUGAUGGAAAACAACAAAGUCAUCCAUUGCCCCUUCCUCCCUUGGCAGUGUCUAAUUCUUCACAUUUUUCUCAUUCAAGUUCAGCUGCUGCAUCUCCAUCAGUGCCUCGAAGUCCUGGAAGAGCAGAGACUCUAACAAGUCCUGGCUCACGCUGGAAAAAGGGGAAGUUGCUUGGUAGAGGCACGUUUGGACAUGUUUAUGUUGGUUUUAACAGUGAUAAUGGUGAAAUGUGUGCAAUGAAGGAGGUUACAUUAUUUUCUGAUGAUGCAAAGUCUAAGGAGAGUGCUAAGCAGUUGGCCCAAGAGAUUUCACUACUGAGCCGGUUGAGGCAUCCAAAUAUUGUACAGUAUUAUGGGUCGGAAAUGGUUGGUGAUAAGCUGUAUAUAUACUUAGAAUAUGUAUCUGGCGGUUCUAUCUAUAAGCUCUUACAGGAUUAUGGGGCAUUUGGUGAAACAGCAAUCCGUAGUUAUACCCAGCAAAUCUUAUCUGGACUUGCAUAUUUACAUGCUAAAAAUACUCUGCAUAGAGAUAUAAAAGGUGCAAAUAUUCUUGUGGAUCCAAAUGGGCGCAUCAAGUUGGCUGACUUUGGCAUGGCAAAGCAUAUUACAGGGCAGUCAUGCCCACUGUCAUUCAAAGGAAGCCCUUAUUGGAUGGCUCCCGAGGUCAUUAAGAAUUCUAAUGGUUGCAACCUUGCUGUUGAUAUAUGGAGUCUUGGGUGCACUGUCUUAGAAAUGGCCACAUCAAAACCACCUUGGAGCCAGUAUGAAGGGGUUGCUGCCAUGUUUAAGAUUGGCAAUAGUAAAGAACUUCCAACACUUCCGGAGCACAUAUCAGACGAAGGAAAAGAUUUUAUUAUGAAAUGUUUGCAGCGCGAGCCACUCAAUCGUCCUACUGCGGCCCAGCUCUUGGACCACCCUUUUGUAAAAAAUGCUGCAGCUCCAGAAAAGUCCAUCAUGGCCCAAUCCCAGUCUGAUCCUCCAUUUACUAACAUGAAUGGCAUGGGUAUCGCACAACGAAGAAAUAUUCCUAAUUUUGAACCAGAAAGACUUGCUAUCCAUUCAUCUAGGGUAUCAAGAUCUGCUUUCCAAUGCAGCGACAUUCAAAUUCCAAGGAUCAUUUCUUGUCCGGUGUCUCCAUUGGGGAGCCCACUACUACACCAGAGAUCUCCCCAACGCUUAAACGGCGGAAGGAUGUCACCCUCACCAAUAUCAAGCCCUCGCAACACAUCUGGCUCAUCCACACCCAUCUCUGGAGGUGCAAUCCCCUUCCCUCACUUCAUCAACCACUCCUCCAUCUACUCGCAAGUGAACAGUGCUUCCCCUGCCCCUUAUUGGGACCCCGAUGCAUUUCGUGGGGUGGGAUCAAAUAGUAAUAAUAACAACAAUGCCUUCCGUGGGGAUGUGGCAACACAAUGUGGAAACGAUGCACUCGGGAAGCAAGCAGUGUUAGCUAACCGCGUGGCUCAGCAACUCCUAGGCGAUCAUCGUCAUCAUCAUCAUCUUCACGAUAAGUCAAUCCCAUCAUUAUUAGAUUUCAAUCCUUGCCCUCCUCCCCCAUUAGCAGCAGGUCGCACAGGUGGUGGAACAUGACUCUUUCUUGGCAUGAUCCUGUUUGUUUUAACUUCACAAUUGGGUUUUUGGAAUAAGGGGGUUAACGCCGACAAGGGGGAAUAAUUCUAUGGAGAUUCCUUUCGCCGUUUUUUUCUUGUCUCUCUUGAUGAUGUGCUGGCUGCAGAUGGUGUCGGAGCGUUACGUGGGGCCCCACAUGUACAAAGUCGGAUUCCGGAAGAUUGGGUUUGGUAUGAUACCCUUUUUUAACUGAACCAUUUUACAACUGAUUGAUGAUCAAUCAAAGCUUAUGCUUUGGGGAUGACAGCCUCAAGAAAUCAGUUAGGUUUUUUUUUUGCCGCCCAGACGGUUGGUGUAUUAAUCAUUGUACAUUCAUUGUCAAUAUGGGGAUUAAUGAGACUGGAUGUUGACCAUGUUUGUUUCGAAGGUGUGUGUGUGUACAGAGGACAAUGUGUGGAAAAGAAGAAAAAUUCAAAACUCUG